AUGGAGGGUGAUUUGGAAGAAAGUAACCCAAAAACAAAUGAUAGUUCAAGCGAAGAACAAGCUGUAGAGAAAGCUAAAGAGGAGGACGUUGAAGUGACUGAGUCAACUGAAAAUUCGAACGAAGAAGAGGACACUAAAGCUUCGACGAGAGAUGAAAAACCCGUGGAAGAAAAAGAGGUGAUAGUAAGUGAUGCGAAAGAGGCGAACGUCGAUGAGGUCGAGGAAAUCGCAAAGCCAGAUUCAGAUGAACGAACUUCAGAGGCUGAAGGGAAUGUGGAGAGUGAGGCGGCUGUUGAUGAACAGCCACUCGGAUGGGAUGCAGGUGCUGAACAGGUCAAAGAAAUGGGAUGGGGUGAAUUGCCGCCUGAAAGCAAAGAAGCGCAAGCUGCCACUGAUAAUGGCGCGGCGUCAUGGACGAAUUCAGGUGAACAUUCAGCUGAAAAGCCAACGGAACAGGAGACGAAACCAGAAACAAAUGUGACGGUUGCUACAACGGCACCGUCUGCGAACACCAAUCCUGCUCCAUCUCGGGGCAAGGGUGGUCGUCGUGCGAAUGCACGCAAACCCAAAUACACUGAUGUUACUGAUCAACUUGGAUUUAGCGAAGAUUUUUGUGACGAUUUUUUGAAGAAUUGCGGUGGAACUGCGAAACAGUCGUUUUUUUGUGUUGAUUUGUUGUCGUUGCAGCAGUGCUCAUCACAAUCAUCGUCAUAUGGCAGGCAGUUCUCUUAA